AUGACAGCUGUUCCAACACCCAAAACCACGUUUCCCUUGCCACCCUACGAUUCCGACAUUAUACCCUUUGAGGAUACACAACAUCGGCCACUACCCGCAAGCAUCGAGGAACUUCUUGCUCUACGCUCUGAAGAGCCACCAACGGACGAAAACAUAGUUAAUGAUCCCGAUCUCACCAUCGAGAAACUCGAGAUUCCAACCCCUGAUGGAGUUCUAGAGGCCAUAUCCCUCUCCAGUCGCCAUGCCUCUGAGCCAAACCGCUCUCGACCUGGAAUUUUGUUCUGUCAUGGAGGUGGACGUGUGAUGGGAAACGUCUAUGUUGGCCUCAAGAGUCUGGUUGACACUGUGAAAGAACUGAAUGCCGUGGUCAUCAGGAUUAACUACAGACUAUCGCCAGAUUACCCUGGAAUAUGUGCAGUCGAAGAUUGCUACAACUCACUCGUUUGGAUGUCUCAGAACUUGCAGGGUUUCAAUAUUGACCCCGAUCGCUUUAUGAUCGCCGGUGUAUCAGCCGACGGGGGCCUGGCAGCCGGUGCAGUCAUCAUGUCCAGAGACCGCAGUGGCCCCAAGCUAUGCGCACAAUUGCUCAUGUGUCCCAUGCUUGAUGAUAGAUGCGAUACUACAUCGUGUCUACAAUUCGAGAAUGGAUACGGAUUCUACACGGUCUGGGAUCGAUAUGCUUGGUCGUGCGUACUUGGAGACCAGGCCGGUACCGCGAAUGUGAGCCCGUAUGUGGCGCCUGCUCGCGCUAUGGAUCUCUCUAAUCUACCCCUGGCCUACAUUGAUGUAGGGUCUGGAGAGCCGUUCCGCGAUGAAGACAUUGCAUAUGCGACCACACUUUGGAAGUGCGGAGUUCAGGCCCAUUUGCACAUUUGGGGAGGCGGUCCCCAUGGAUUUGACUUGUUCUACGAAACCGAUCUUGCAUUCCAAGCAAGAGCAGCAAGGAACAAAUGGCUGAAGAAUUUUUUGUACAGAGAAUGA